GCCAGCAGCUCCUCUACCAGCACGGGAAAGUGGCGAAGCCGAACUUGGUGCGGUGAUGGUGAAUGCAUCCCAGGCUCCUGCGUCCCAACCAAACCGUCCACCAGCACCAACAAGUGGGGAAGGCGAGUGAGUCGCGUGCUAUGAUGGUGAAUGCAUCCCAGGCGCCUGCGUCCCAACCAACUCAUCCACCAGCCCCAGCAAGUGGGGACGGCGAGUCAGGUGCUACAAUGGUUGACAUUGGUUGCCAUAUUCUCAUUCCCAGCAAGAAGUGGGAGGAUUUGCAUGGCCUAAUGGUGGACAGUCGUUUUACCAAAGAGGCAGCCACCUCAAUCUGGGGCGCGGACAUUUUGAAGGGAAAGAGCCCCACGGGGAGACUAUCGAACAAGGCAAAGGCCCUGGGGCACACGGAGGCCUUCCCCCCUUUAACACCAGAGAAGGUGGACGUACUGCGCAGCUUCUUCAUUAGCCGUCUUACAGACAAAGGUAUCCCUAUGGAGCAGGCUGUCAAACGCGCAAAGCUAAUUCGCAAGUUUCUGAGCGAGAAAUGCACGGACGCGAGAAGGUAACGUUGCAGGGUCACAGGUUGGGACAUGUGAUUUGCAAACAAGAGCUGGAGCUGUGAUGUGGACACGGCCUGCCAAUUAAGUAACAAAGCCUGCCAGUAUUAUAGGGAAGAGUGCAAUCAAUAUACUUAAAGGGGCACCGAAGUGGUUUUUAGAAAAAAUAUUUUUUGUAUGUUACAUUGUUUAAAAGGUUUUAAUACACAUAUUAAUUUCUAGAUUACAAAACUGCUUAUUUCUCUUGGGGCAAUAGAACAUGUGGACUGAUAUUUCUCUCGGACUACAUGGUCUAGAUCAGGGGUGGCCAGGCUGACCCGGCCUGAGAGCCACAAACAAAACCACGAAACUUCCAAGAGCCACGGGGUGGAGAGGGGGGGGGGAACUCAAACUAUUUUCAAUCUAUCCGAGUCAAAAGCAGUCCAACUGUACGUUGGGUAGCAGUGGCACAACACUACCAAACCGCAACCUGUCUUUCAAUUUAAACCGAUUUCAAUUUCUCUUUUUGGGGAAGUGCUGGUGGACCGGAAAAGAGGCGGGAAAGUGGGAGGGGGGUACGGGGAGGGAAGGGAGCCGCGAGCCACACUUUAACACGCGAAGGGCCGCAUGCGGCUCGCGAGCCGCAGCUUGGCCACCCCUGGUCUAGAUCAAUGAAGGUCCUACAAUACGUAUAGAUUCCAAACAAUUUUAUUAUGACUUGUUUUGAAAAAAGUCUUAUGGCACACGUUCGGAUAAGACUAGGCUUUUUCAUUGUGGGCGAAGGCAUCGCUUGCGAUUCGGUAACAAGCACUCUUCGUCGACCACUUCGCUUGUCUUGAUUUUAGGAAGCACUUGGUAUUUUUCAAAGACGGUGCAACUGCCAUCUCUGGAGUGCACCCCUAGGUGACCCGACACAACUUUAAUAUGUUAUAUUUGACACAUCUUGUUUGACCGACUUAACAGGGGUCACAAGAUAAUAGAAUAGACCACUCCCUGCACACAAGUUACAAAUUGAUUUUGUGUUUUUUUAGUGCAUCCAAUCUUAUUUUUAACAUCUGAAUUGACUUUUCUGCAGAGCCGGGCUGCUCUUUUGGUGCUGAGAACACAACUUUGACAUUAACAGCACCAAAUAAGCCGGCUGGGCUCUGCAGAAAUGUUAAUUCAGAUGUUACAAGUAAGAUUGGGUGCACUAAAAACACCAAUAUCAAUUCGUGGCUUGUGUCAGGGAGUGGCCUAUUCCAUUCCAUUAUCUUGCGGCGUCGUUAUUUUGGUCAAACAGGAAGAUGUGUCAACGAUUGACUCGGAGAACACCAGUAUAACAUUUUAAAGUGGUGUCGGGUCACCUAGGGGUGCACUGCAGAGAUUGCAGUUGCGUCCCUGUCUUCGACAAAUACCAAGUGGUUUUUAAAAAUAAAGACAGUGUCACGCGUGAAAUAAUAGAAGCUCGUGAUAUCGUGAAACUGGGACCAGAUUGUGCUAGCGCCCCGUCGCUCGUGCUUUCUGAUAAAGAGCGGCAAUACUUGGAGCGAGGAGGGCAAACCAGUAACAAUCUUGUAUUGAACACGUGAUAUGUAUUUAUUUUUUUCCUUCAUUUAUUUGGUAUUGCAUGUAUGCUAUUGGUACUGAAUGCUAACAUAAAUCUUUAGAUGAGAGUCAGUGUUGUGUCUUGUCGGUGACUAUUUUCACUUUGUCCUUGUCUUUGCACUGUUUUGUGUUUAAUUAUAUCUGUAUACCAAAUAGCCCAAACUUCUGUGAUAAUCACUUCAGUGUCCCUUUAAUAGUAAUUAAUUUAUGUGAUAAAGCAGUCAUGAAUAUUUUAACAAAGCUUGGUUGUUAUUGAUUGAUUGGAAAUAAUUGAUUGAUUGAGGAUAAUUUAGUGUUUUGUACUUUGUAUGUGAACUUGUUUUUUAGUGAGAUUCCAGAAUGACAAACUAUUUUUUUAUGGUUUUUAAAGAGAUGGUGCCAUCGUAAAAAGUGGACAGUGUGAUAUCCAUUAUUUUAGUAAACUCUACUGUGCUAAAUAUUGCUUUCCCAUUGCAGCAUGCAUAGAUCACGUUUUAUGUAUACUGUGACCUACAACUUAAGUACAAAUGUUUGUUCUGUGUAUAACAUUCAAAUAAAAAUUUGCUUUCAUCCUACGUUGAAA